AUGGCCGUUAGAAGGAGAGUCAAGAAGCAAUACAAGGGCGGGGGAAGUCCGACAACGUAUCUGACGGGCCACGACCCCGCGACCGGAAAAGCAAUCGUGCACUCGAAGCGCACGGUCAAGUGGGCGCCGCACGACGACGGCAAGAUCGCCAUGUCGGUGGCGUACUCGACGUCGCAGUUCCCGGUGGACCUCAACGGCGACGGCGACGUGGCGGCGCACGAGUCGACGCUGGACGGCGAGGGCCACUCGAAGCACGGGCUGGUGCGGGCCAACGGCACGGUGCUGCGCUACGUCGACUUUGGCCCGGGGCACGAGUGCAUGAUGCACCGGACGCAGAGCCUCGACUACGGCAUCGUGCUCGAGGGCACCGUCGAGAGCGUGCUCGACUCGGGCGAGGUCACCGUCAUGAAGCGGGGCGACGUCAUGGUCCAGCGCGCCACCAUGCACGCCUGGAGGAACCCCAGCCCGACCGAGUGGGCGAGGAUGAUUUUUUGCCUGCAGGACUGCAAGCCCUUGGUCGUCGGCGGGGAGAGGCUCAAGGAGGACCUCGGGAGGGGCAUGACGGGUGGGCUUCCGGCCAGUGGGAACGACGCGGACUAG